AUGGCUUCUUCCACCACCAACAUCCUCUCUCUUCGCUCUUCAGUCCUUAUCAACCCUAAAUUCCAUCCCAACCUCCAUAACCGUAAUCCUCCUCUCAGUCUCUCUCUUCCCCAUAGAUCUACCUUCAACAUCUCCCUCAAAAACCCUAAAACCAUCGUCUCCGCCGUGACCUACACAUCACCAAUACGCUCCACUAAACCCCCUCCUCAGUAUUCCUUCUCCGACUCAACUAAAUCAAUCACAACCCUCGCGAUUCUAGCCGGAAUCGUAACCAAAUCCCUAAUUCACAAACUUGCCGCCGCGAUUGUAAACUUCUCCCCACAGAUCCAAUCUUCUCUCCGAAUCUCCGGCCCGAUGUUCUUCGCUGCGAUCCGUGACCGUCCCGCCGGUUAUCUGAACACGCCGUUGACAGUUGUUGCGGCGGGGCUAUCGAAGUGGCUUGAUAUCUACAGUGGUGUUUUGAUGGUCAGGGUUUUGCUUAGUUGGUUCCCGAACAUCCCGUGGGAUCGCCAGCCUUUGUCUGCCAUUAGAGAUCUUUGUGAUCCUUAUCUGAAUCUCUUCAGGAACAUUAUCCCUCCGGUGUUUGAUACGCUUGACGUUAGCCCUUUGCUUGCUUUUGCUGUUUUGGGAACUUUGGGUUCGAUUCUGAACAAUAGCAGAGGAGGAUAG